GCUCCUCCCCUCCCCUCCCUUCCCCUUCUCGUUCUCGCACCAUGGUCGAAGCGGACAGCGAGUUCAUCACGCUGUACAUCCACAGCCUGAUUCCGCUGUAUGUCUGCCUGGUUGGGCUGUCAUGGGUCAUCCACGAUUACUGUGCGUUUUAUGUGCUGUGAUGAGGGAGCGUGUGUGUGCUGAGAUGGGCGCUGGAGUCGUGACGCUGGAGGACGAAAUACGGUACAUCUGGUCCGCGCGCAUGAACUUUAGCAAGGCGAUGUUCCUCUGGGUCAGCCGUUUAUCGUUUUUUUUUUUCCCUUCAUGCUCGAUUGACCCACGCGGUGCGGUGCAGAUAAGAUACUACACGUGAGCCGCGCGACGCCUCCACUUGCUUACCGCGUUCUGAUGCGUCCCGGAGGCUGAUCCUGCUGAUCUUCGACGCGGUGCAGAUCCACGUGUUCACCGUGCCGGGCGUGACCUCGGACGCGGUGUGCGUCGCGAUGGACACCGUGAUCCGCGUCGUCGGCGCGCUCUCGCUGUGGAGCGUCGAGAUCGUCAUGCAGCAGCGCGUGUACGCGAUCUACCAGUGCUCCAGACGCGUGCGUUGCGCUGCGUUGCGUGUCGUUCAUCCGUUCAUCCGCUGAUCCAUGCAU